AUCUGAGCUCAGUUUGGCCUCCUCCUCUUCCACCUUUUCGCCGGCUUUCUGUGCUUCUGUGGGUGCCGCUUCCGGGAUCCCGAGACCGGUUCUGAAGUGACUGGUGCUCGCUUUCUCUCCGUCUCCCCCACGCUCCUGGCCCCCCCAGACGCCAUUUACUAGCGGGUGGCUGCUGGGGGAACCUCCCUACCCCCACCCCACCCCACCCCCGUUCCGAAGAGCGCGCGCCGCGUCUGUAGAACCAAUCACCAGCCGCCUUAGGCAACCAUGUCUGAGUCUGGUCACAGUCAGCCUGGGCUCUACGGUAUAGAGAGGCGGCGACGGUGGAAGGAGCCUGGCCCUGGAGGCCCUCAGAAUCUCUCUGGGCCUGGCGGUCGGGAGAGGGAUUACAUUGCACCAUGGGAAAGAGAGAGACGGGAUGGCAGCGAAGAGACAGGCGCAUCUGUCAUGCAGAAAACCCCCAUCAUCCUCUCAAAACCUCCAGCAGAGCGGUCAAAGCAGCCACCACCUCCAACGGCCCCUGCUGCCCCACCUGCCCCAGCCCCUCUUGAGAAGCCCAUUGUCCUCAUGAAACCACGGGAGGAGGGGAAAGGGCCUGCAGCCCCAACAAAUGCCUCAACGCCCGAGGGCACCACCCCACCGCCCCCUGCAGCCCCUGUGCCACCCAAGGGGGAGAAGGAGGGCCAGAGGCCCACACAGCCUGUGUACCAGAUCCAGAACCGGGGCAUGGGCACUGCCGCACCAGCUGUCAUGGAUCCCGUGGUGGGCCAGGCCAAACUGCUGCCUCCAGAGCGCAUGAAGCACAGCAUCAAGCUGGUGGACGACCAGAUGAACUGGUGUGACAGUGCCAUUGAGUAUUUGUUGGAUCAGACCGAUGUGUUGGUGGUUGGUGUCCUGGGCCUUCAGGGGACAGGCAAGUCCAUGAUCAUGUCAUUGUUGUCAGCCAACACUCCUGAGGAGGAUCAGAGGGCCUACGUUUUCCGGGCCCAGAGCGCCGAAAUGAAGGAACGAGGGGGCAACCAGACCAGUGGCAUCGACUUCUUUAUUACCCAGGAGCGGAUUGUUUUCCUGGACACGCAGCCCAUCCUGAGCCCCUCCAUCUUGGACCACCUCAUCAACAAUGACCGCAAGCUGCCUCCAGAAUACAACCUCCCCCACACCUACGUUGAGAUGCAGUCACUCCAGAUUGCUGCCUUCCUCUUCACGGUCUGCCACGUGGUGAUUGUCGUCCAGGACUGGUUUACGGACCUCAGUCUGUACAGGUUCCUGCAGACAGCGGAGAUGGUGAAGCCCUCCACCCCGUCCCCCAGCCACGAGUCCAGCAGCUCGUCGGGCUCCGAUGAGGGCACCGAGUACUACCCCCACCUGGUCUUCCUACAGAACAAAGCUCGCCGGGAGGACUUCUGUCCUCGAAAGCUGCGGCAGAUGCACCUGAUAAUUGACCAGCUCAUGGCGCACUCGCACCUGCGUUAUAAGGGUACUCUGUCCAUGUUGCAGUGCAAUGUCUUCCCUGGGCUGCCCCCCGACUUCCUGGACUCAGAGGUCAACUUGUUCCUCAUGCCCUUCAUGGACAGCGAAGUGGAGAGUGAAAACCCACCCAGGGCAGGACCCGGCUCCAGCCCACUCUUCUCCCUGCUUCCCGGGUACCGUGGCCACCCCAGUUUCCAGUCCUUGGUGAACAAGCUCCGGAGCCAAGUGAUGUCCAUGGCCCGGCCACAGCUGUCACAUACAAUCCUCACUGAGAAGAACUGGUUCCACUAUGCUGCCCGGAUCUGGGACGGGGUGAAAAAGUCCUCUGCCCUGGCCGAGUACAGCCGCCUGCUGGCCUGAGAUGUAGGGGAGGAGGGUCACGCAGGGAACCUCUCUGGGUCCCCAGUGGAUGGCGAUGGAGCAUGUACAUCCUCCCCACCAGCGGGCUGGAGAGUGGCAGCAGCCCUGGUGGGUGAGGGACCGUGACUUCCUCGCCCGGAGACACGAGGUGUUCAGGGCCAGGCCCCCACCCUCAGUGGAGCGUUGUUCAGGGGUGACUUUGAGACCCCACCCCCAACCUGGGACAGGGCAGCCCAUCCUCAGUCCCCACAGGGAUUGGUGUUGGGAGGGGUCCGACUGGUCACUACGAGGCACAGGCACCAUCCAUCUUGACCUCCCCCUGCAGGGGCAGGAGCAAUGGGCCCCUCUUCCCCGACUCGCAGAGCUUUCCCGUGAGGUGAAGACCAGUCUGGGAGCUCUUUCCGGGGGCAGAUCUGGUGGCUCAAAUAAAAGCAGUCAUGCAAA